AUGCCAUCUAGAACAGUCCUGAUAACCGGUUGCAGCGCAGGAGGCAUUGGCUCUGCCCUUGCUGAAGAGUUCCACGCCAAAGGCUUCCGUGUCUUUGCUACUGCACGUGACCUGUCAAAAGUUGCACACUUGAAGGCCAUGGGCAUGGAUGUUUUGGAUCUCGACAUUGAAAAAUCCGCGUCCAUCAAGACUGCGGUGGGCGCAAUUACUGCCUUAACCGGAGGAACGCUCGAUAUUUUGGUCAAUAACUCGGGUCUUGGUCAAGCUGGGCCCAUUAUCGAUUCUGAUAUAGAGUAUUCCCGCAAGAUGUUCGAAGUUAAUUUCUUUGGCCGCAUGGCUGUAACUCAAGCCUUUAUGCCGCUCAUUAUCAAGUCUAAAGGGAUAGUUCUCAAUAUUGGAAGCAUUGCUGGAGUCUGCCCACAGCCAUGGAAAGGCAUGUACAAUGCCAGUUGUGCUGCCGUGCACCACUGGAGCGAUACCCUGCGGAUUGAGAUGGAGCCAUUCGGUGUGCGGGUUAUUUUGGUUGUCACUGGUGCGGUACGCACUAAUUUUAUAACCAAUCAGCCAAGCGUUAAGCUUGUCGAGAAUUCAAUCUAUUCGCCAGCGAGAGAAAGUAUUGAGGCUGUCAUGACUACCAAAGCGGUAGAAAAGAACUUUGUGGAUGCAGAUAUAUAUGCGCAGCAGGUGGUGGCAAAUGUGCUUCGAUCGAGUCCAGAAAAGAGGCAGUGGGCAGGCGGAGUUGCAAAGUUGAUUUGGCUUACUUCUGCUAUUUUUUGGACUACUGCUUGGGUGAGUUAG